CGUCACGCUGUGGAGUGGAUAUUUCCUCGGCUUCAAUUUUGUGAUGUCACGCUUACUCCUUCCAUUCUAACCUCGUUGGUAGAGAGCUACUAGAGAUACCUUUAUAGUAUAGUAGCUUUAUUUCUUGGGAUCAACUUACAGUAGAAUAAGUGAUCUCUGACCUAAAGUUCUGUGCUUUUUGUACGCAUAGCAUAUUCAGGACACUCGUAUGUACGCUGCAAAAUUACUUCCGAGCUGGCAACUGUGAUGACGUGCCAGUUAGUUCUCAUGAAACGAGAGUAGUGAAUAAAGCUUAAACAGCCAGCCCAUUCACUGAAUUUGAAACUGGGACUGAAUUAUAAGACUAUCACUGCAUUCAUUCGUCUUAUCGACUUGAAUACAAUGAGCCGAAGAAAAGGGGAAAUAUCUUUUGUAUAUACAAAGGAAUAAAAAGGCCGAAGACUACACUGUUUGAUUUGAAAUUACAGAACGGAAAAAUAAAUUGUUUGUUCUUCUGUGAAUCUGUAUUGCAAAAAUCAAGUGCCCAAGUUCAUGCUGUGUUACUUCGAAGCAUUUAAGCCUUCAGAAGUUAAAUUUUUAAAAUCUUACAUAUAUACCACAAAAAAGGAAAAAAAAAAAAAAAAGAUUUUUGAUCUGAUAUAUUUAUUAUAAAACUCCAAAAAUAAACUCAUUGUGUAACUGUAUAAUAUAUUAAGAAAAAGAUUAUUUUACAUAUAGAUAUGCAGCAUUUAUGAAUUUUCUUUUAUGUUGAUAUAACAGUAAGAAUCUCUCAAUUAAUUGCUAGACUUUCAAGUACACUUAUAGGGUAAAUAUGUCAGUACUACAAGUAAUUAAUCGUAUUUUGCCAACAAGUGUAUUGCCUGAAGAUUUUUCCAACCUAGUAACUCCAGAUGACUUUGGCCAUCCAAGUAAAGUUCAAACUUUGUCUUUUGUAGAUCCUCGAAAUGGUCAGCAUUUUGUUAUACAGUCCACAUUCUGUCCUCGAAAACUGAAAUUUUCUGGAAAAAAUAUUCAUGAGGAAAUUGCUGCUACUUGUGAAAGGAUUCCAGGCUUGAUUUGUAUAACAAAUCUGAAUUCUGUUCAGGAUACUCUGAACAAAGAAUGUACUGGUGAAGAAUUUGCUCUUACAAUACCCAAUAGUAUAUCCAAGCAUGAAAUAUUUGAGCAGAAUAUUUUGAGCAAUGGUAAAACUAAAAUUGAAGGUUCUGGAAGCAAUGUUAAUUGUGACAACAAACUCGAUGAUGAUUUGGAGCAGCUUAAAAAAAUGACUGCCUGUAAACCGGCAGAUGUGAAUGAUCAUAAACCUGCAGAUGAUCAGAAUAAGCGGAGAAAACUCUUGUUACCCUUAGUGAAGUAUUUUCUGGAAAAUGAGUGUUUAAUUUGCGGGUUUCAUGGGGAGCAUAUUACAAAGCAUAAUGCCUGUAAACAUAUGUUAUCGCACAUCAGGUUAGGUUCAUAUUUCUGUAAUGAUCAAUUUUUUACAUCUGCUGCAAAUUUGUACUCUUAUGCAAUAAAUCAGCCAGAGACAGAGACUUAUUUUUGUAAUUUAUGUGGUGCUAAAUAUAAAAGAAAAAUUUUUUUAAGCAUGCAUAAGAAAAAUAAGCAUGUAAAAUCAGACUCUUAUUCAUCUGAUUUGCUGGAUAGUAAACAUUACCCUGUAAAACAAAAAAUAUCAAUUUGUUUUGCUUGUGUGGUUUGUAAUGAAAAAUUUACAUCAUUGAAGUCGGUUAUUGAUCACAGAAAUGUGCAUUUGGGAAAAGGAAGAUAUCGAUGUUUAACAUGUAGUAAAAUCUUUACAAGUAUUUGUCUUGUUCGUUACCAUUCACAUGUACGUAUUGUUAUAAAAAGCUAUAAGUGUGGAAUUUGUGACAAACGGUUUUUAUCUAACCGCAGUUUAAAAGUUCACAGAAAUUCCCAUAUGAAGAAGAUGUUAUUUUCGUGCAAGUGGUGUGAAAAAAAAUUUUAUAUUCGAAAUAAUUUAAUGGAGCACCUAGAGCUUUCCCAUACAAAUUAUUAAUAUAUAUGCAAUGAGACUGAUAUUGAUGUGGGUGUAUGCUACUGUAAUAGCUCUUUAGAUGCCUUUUUUAAAGCAAAAAUAAGGAAGCCUUCAGGUUAUUAAUUUCUCAUCAAUUGUUUUGGAAGCACAAUAUGUUCUUGAUUCAAAUGAGUGCAGUUUUUUUCAAGCAUUUACUGUCUAAGGUAAAAGGGAGCAACUCAUCAUAAGCAAUUUGUUGCAAAAUGAUACUUGUUGAGCCACAUGUAUAGUUGUUUAAUAAAGAAACUGAAGUGUGACAAUAGCUUUUGACGUAUUGUAAGAGCAAUUAUGAGUUUUUAAAUUGUAAAGUAAACACGUAUUUGGAUUAUUUAUUUGAAUUUGUUCUUGUAUUGAAAAUUUAAAUACGAAAUUGUUCUACUUUUCCGAUAUGUAUUUUCAUGUACGGUGUAUGUAGUAUGUAUGAUAUACAACUAUGCACACUGAAUAUAAGUUAUAAAUUAAUGUAUAAUUUGUUUUCUUAUUGUGUAUGUAGGAAUUAGUGGGAAAUUUUUAUAUGGUUAUGGUUGUAUUUUUGUAUUUUUUUCUUGAAGAAAUUGUUACUAUUUGAAAUAUAUAUGGCUUGUACCAAAUGUCUUAUAUUAGGUGCUAAAUUAAAAUAUUUAUAUUGCAGUUGUUUAAUAGUUUUCACGUCUGAUCAGAAGCAGGUUAUAACCUAUAUAAUAUUCUUUUCUUUCACUCUUACUCCUGUAUGAACAUGCCGGCUUCUUUCAACAUUUUUCUUCAUAGUGCAGUUGUAUUUUUGGGUUAUGUAACAUAUCUUUGUAUAACUUUUAUAUAACUUACUCAUAUAUAUACAAAGCAUAAACUAAUAAUUUAUAAAAA